AUGAAGCCCCCGGAUCGCCCUGGCCCUGGCCGCACUGACCGGAUACUGGGGGUCAUGGGGGGCAUGCUGCGCGCAUGCGCCCUACCCGGGCAGGAGGGGCCCUCGAAGAGAAGCCCCCUAGGGCCGGGGGGUACCGAGCCAGAAUCUAACUGGACGGAGGGGGAUCAGAGAGGGGAGAGCGAUCGUGAGGUCCCCGCCUGGGUUCCGCUGCUCGAGUCCUACUCUAUUGCUGGCAGUGAGGGGAGUAUCUCGGCUUCGGCUGCCUCGGGUCUGGCGGCCCCCUCUGGCCCCAGCUCUGGUCUCAGCUCUGGCCCCUGUUCCCCGGGCCCCCCACGGGCAGCCAGUGGCCUGAGAAGAUGGUUGGAUCAUUCCAAACACUGUCUCAGUGCGGAGACUGAGGCAGACAGCGGCCGGGCUGGACCACAUGAGAACUGGAUGUUGGAACCAGCCCUCGCCACAGGAGAGGAGCUGCCAGAACUGAACCUGCUGACCACGUUGUUGGGGGGCCCCGGGGAUAAGACACAGCCCCCUGAAGAGGAGACUUUGUCCCAAGCCCCUGAGAGUGAAGAGGAGCAGAAGAAGAAGGCUCUGGAAAGGAGUAUGUAUGUCCUCAGUGAACUGGUGGAGACAGAGGAGAUGUACGUGGACGACUUGCGGCAGAUUGUGGAGGGUUACAUGGCAGCCAUGGCUGCUCAGGGGGUACCCGAGAAUCUUCGAGGUCGUGACAGGAUUGUGUUUGGGAACAUCCAGCAAAUUUAUGAGUGGCAUCGAGACUAUUUCCUGCGGGAGUUGCAGCUCUGUUUGAAGGAUCCUGAUUGGCUGGCUCAGCUAUUUAUCAAACACGAGCGCCGGCUGCACAUGUACGUGGUGUACUGUCAGAAUAAGCCCAAAUCAGAGCAUGUGGUAUCAGAAUUUGGGGACAGCUAUUUUGAGGAGCUCCGGCAGCAGCUGGGGCACCGCCUGCAGCUCAACGACCUCCUCAUCAAACCAGUGCAGAGGAUCAUGAAAUACCAGCUGCUGCUCAAGGAUUUUCUCAAGUAUUAUAGGAGAGCUGGGAUGGAUACUGAAGAGCUGGAGCAAGCGGUGGAGGUCAUGUGCUUCGUCCCCAAGCGCUGCAAUGACAUGAUGACCCUGGGGAGACUUCGGGGGUUUGAGGGCAAACUGACUGCUCAGGGAAAGCUCUUGGGCCAGGACACAUUCUGGGUCACGGAGCCGGAGGCUGGGGGGCUGCUCUCUUCCCGGGGCCGAGAGAGGCGUGUCUUUCUGUUCGAGCAGAUCGUCAUCUUCAGCGAGGCCCUGGGAGGAGGAGUACGAGGUGGAGCGCAGCCUGGUUAUGUGUACAAGAGCAGCAUCAAGGUGAGCUGCCUGGGACUGGAGGCGAACCUCCAGGGUGACCCUUGCCGGUUUGCACUGACCUCCAGAGGACCCGAGGGUGGGAUCCAGCGCUACGUCCUGCAGGCUGAGGACCCUGCGGUCAGUCAGGCCUGGAUCAAGCAAGUGGCUCAGAUCCUGGAAAGCCAGCGGGACUUUCUCAAUGCGCUGCAGUCGCCCAUUGAGUACCAGAGACGGGAGAGUCAGACCAACAGCCUGGGGCGGCCAGGAGGGCCUGGGGUGGGGAGCCCUGGGAGAAUUCGGCCUGGAGACCGGGCCCAGUUCAGCACACAUACACCCAUCAAUGGCUCUCUCCCGUCCCUGCUGCUGUCGCCCCAAGGGGAGGUGGCCAGAGCCCCCCUGCGCCCGGACACCCAGGCCCCCAGUGCCACCCCCCAGGCUCCUCAUGACCCUCCUCCAGUUCCACCAGCUCCAGACACUCCUCCCUGCCGAGCCAGACUCGCCAAGCUGGAUGAAGAUGAGCUGUAA